AAUUUAAAUUUCUUGAACAUAAGCUGGCUAUAUUCACAUCAAAAUUUUCAGGAGGGUGAAGUACCAUGCCUUAAACAUGCAUCUGAAAUUUGACAAGCAGAGGCAAAGCAAUUGUCUUGCUAUUUAAUUAUUAGUUUUCUACCAGCGACUUACAGGUUCCUCCCAGGUGCUGUGUAGGGUCAUGAAAAUGGUAGCCUAGAUUUUAACUGAGCUUAACUCUUUGGUGAACUGCAGCUCUUUCAUUAUAUUCCAGAAUACCUCUCAUAAUCUUGGUACAUUAUCUGCUUGCUGUUCAGUUGAUUUGGCUCUUUAAGUCCUGCCAAUCAUCAUUGGGAACGUAUCUAUAGAAUUCACCUUAUGUGCAACCUGUUAUAAUUUGAACACCUUUUUUUCCUGUCUGCACCAAAUGAUUAUCUUAAAUUUUCUGCAAAAGAGCAGUCCAUUUCUGGUUGACAGUACAUGUAGAAACAGAUCUCUCAAAGCUGUAAGAGCAUGCCUAGUACCCUACAGAAUGAUACCUAUAAUGGAAAAAAAAAAUCUUCUGGGGUCUAUAUCUGAGCAUGCUUUAGCUUGUGACUCUGAGAAAUAGCGUACUGCACUGCAGAACUUUGGUGCUUAGUAAAUAAGAUCUGAUUCCUUCUAAAACUAAUAGAUUUAAACUAACCUUCCCUUGAGAUUCUUUUUGCUAGGUGUCAGUUAUUCAACAUUCAUCUGGUUGCAAAGUCAAAGCACUUCAGGGAUGUAAUGACCAUUACAGAAUCAAGGGGGGAGGGGAGAUAUCUUGAGUUCCAGAAAGUAUACUGAGAUCAUUUAGGUUUUUUAAAGUUCAGUUGGAAGUCUGAAAUGCUUAAAUUUGAAACAGGGUGGCUCUCUCCCUGGUACUUAUAUUAAACAUAAAAUCAUCAUAAAAAAAAAAAGAGGAAAUUACAUCACAUUGUCAAAUAAGGAACAGCUAGCUGGGGCGGAUGACUUGUAGUGCAAAAAUGUGCCCCUCCUCCUAUGAAUUGCUUCUCAGAUUUGUUAAAGAUAUGUGCUGGCAAGGUGAGCAGAAACAGGUUGUGGAUUUAAGGUAGCCACAGUUUCUCACAAAAGUGGUAGGUAGGUCUUGCUUUUAAUUUUUUUUUCUUUAAUUUCUUACAAGCAGUGUAUAAUCUGCUUUGUCAAGAGUGUUGACUUUAUAAGACAUGUCCAAAAUUUGAGCAGGCAUUCAAGAAAAUCUUUACAGCUAAACUGCAUAUGUAUCCAUUAAGUGAAACAUUCUAGGACAUGCUUUGGUCUGUUGUGCAUACCAGAGAGGUUUCCUAUAUUAUGGAACUGAUUUGCCUCAAAUAUUUCAUAACGUCCAGGAAAAAGAAGGAGCAAAGCAGACUAACCAGAUUCUCUGUGUGAUGACAGUGAGCUAAAAGAGAUGCAAGUGCUUCUUAGUUUCUAAAUAGAGGAUUACCGUUGCUGUAACACAUGUAUUUAGUGAUAACUGUCAGCAUGAAAACUGCAUAUUUGGGAUGUUUCAUAUAACUCAAUUUCACAAUGUUCUUUUCACUUACAAGAUAUUUUGUGAUAUAUUCAGGUCUGAAGGUACAUUUGGCCAUCUAAAAACCUUCCUUCAAUCUCAUUAUCUCAGGGAAUGCAAGCUGCAGGAAGCCUGUCAAGACUGUGAAUUUCUAAGGUUGGGAGACAUCACCAUAGAGCAGUACACAAUGUCAACUGCAGGGGUUGCUGCACAAGAGAUGGGAGUCCCAUUAAAAACUGGAUUUCUUCACACUAGCCAAGGCAUGGGGAGUCUGAAAACCUGUUGGGGUAGCCACAGCGGAUUUGAAAAUACUUUCUUUAAUGUGGACCCUAUAGCUGUGGCAUAUAAUUUGAAUCCAUCAGCAGAGCAACAUUUACCGUCCAAUGGGCACUCUUCAGACCAUGCUUCCAUGAGCGACCACAGCUUUGCUGAAGGUUGCAUCCAGGUCCCAUCUCAGAAAUCCAGUCCAGCUCCUGUAAGUCCCAAAAAUGAACAGCCAGUUUCAAGAUACGAAGAGCAUCUUGUUCCUGGCUUUAGUAAACUGUCAUUAACUAUGGGCUAUGUUUCUGAAGAAACACCUCCUCACAUGCCAAUAAAAAAUGGACCAAUUCAAUUUCUGUCUGCAUCUUCCAAUGACCGCAGCUCCAGGCCAUUACCUCCACUGCCUAUUUCUGAGGAUCUUACUUCAGACGAGGUUGAUAAAGAAGUGGAAUUCCUGACCAGCUCAGACACUGACUUUUUGUUAGAAGAUUAUGAACUUCCUCCUUUUAAAUCCAGUGCCCCGAGCAGGCGGAGCUUUAGGGGUUGUGGACAAAUCAAUUAUGCAUAUUUUGAUGCUCCAGCAGGACCAAAACCAGAAGGCACAAACCCUGCACAAAGUCUAAAUGGAUACAUAUCCGGUAUUUAUCCUCCUCCGCAGCAGCUGCAUCGACGUUUGCGAAGGUCCCAUUCAGGGCCUGCUGGAUCGCUCAAUAAACCAGUAGUGAGAUUAUCUGGACACCUAAACAGGUCAUCUCCAAAUUCUGAUGAAGAUAAACCAGAGAUUCCACCAAGGAUUCCCAUACCUCCAAGGGCACUCAAACCAGAUUACAGAAGGUGGUCAGCAGAAGUUGCUUCUAGUGCAUACAGUGAUGAAGACAGGCCUCCCAAAGUGCCUCCAAGGGAACCUUUGUCCCGCAGCAAUUCCCGUACACCAAGUCCUAAAAGCCUGCCAUCAUACCUCAAUGGGAUUAUGCCCCCCACCCAGAGUUUUGCACCUGAUCCUAAAUAUGUCAGCAGCAAAGCUCUACAGAGACAAAAUAGUGAAGGAUCUGCCAACAGGAUCCCCUGCAUUCUUCCCAUUAUUGAAAAUGGUAAGAAGGCCAGUUCAACACACUACUAUCUGCUGCCUGAAAGGCCUCCAUAUCUGGACAAAUAUGAGAAAUUCUUCAGAGAAGCAGAAGAAACUAGCUCUAAUUCAGAGGUACAGUCCUGGUCUGGUGACUGCACAGCCACUUCAACCCCAACAAAACUGGACUCAAAAACUAGAAUGGACAUAGCUGGUCAUCUGAAACGAAAACACAUGUCUUACGUAGUUUCUCCAUAGUCUCUGGGAGCACAACUCAGCACAGUUGUUCUGAAUGGAGCAGAACUUUAUCAUGUUACAAAGUUCUUAAGGUUCUCAAAUAAUGAAGCAGGACCAGUUUGUCCUCUGAGAACUGGAAAGUGGAUGGUAAAAUCCUAUUAUGCUGCAUAUCUCUGAUAUGUUUCUUAAGACUGGUUUUCUUGUCUUGGUUGGUAAAGUUGAAAACCUACAGAGAUUCCAUAGAAAUAUAUCAAGGGAUAAUAGUCACAGUUGGCCAGUUACAUGCUACCCUAGAUUAACAUAUUUGGUAGUCACAUUAUCAAAAAAAAAAAUGAGAAAGAAAAUCUAGCUUUGCUUAUGAGUCACAUAUAAAACUGACAACAGAACAGAUAAUGCAGUACAGUUUUCAUAGCAGGCAUUUCCAGAACUUCUUAUGCACAGUAACACUGCUGAAAACAAGACCGUUCUCUUUCAUUAGGAUAUGCCAACCUGGUUAGAAGGUAACUGCAGAAUCUAAUAUCCACUUUGAGACUUGGCAAGCAUGCUGGAAAAGCAUUUAGACUGAUGAGUCUAUUUGACAGCUUAAUUGGACACUAGUAGAAUUUUUUUAGUGAAGUAGCUUGGAACAGAGUUAGGCUUUGUGGAUUCUUUCAAUUGUUAGAGACACUUGGCUCAAUUUCUCCAUUUCUCCUAGGAGAGACUUGGACCAGCUACUGCUAAGCCUCUGCUACUCUUCCUGAUGGGUCCUAGAAAGGGAUGAAUGUGUCCUAAAAGUGGCAGAAGAUAUGAGCAGCUAUACAGAUGCUAAUAAAUAGGCAGAAACAACUAUAUGCUCAUCUAGAGUUUGAAAUUCUGAUUGUAUUAAAAAACAGAAGCACAACACAAGCUGGUCUUGUGUUUUGGUUUCUAUUCAGUAUUUUAGGGGAGGAGGAGGGUAUGAAAAAACAUGAUUCCAUUUAUGAACAGUGUCAGUCCCAUCUCUCUCUGCUUCAGAUGCUGCUUCUUUCUGUUUAAUUUUUUCCUCAUUCUGCCUCGGUGAUCCAUUAAAAUUCAUUGAGGUGCCAGAUUUGUGCAUUAGGAGUAUCUCAUGCUCGUUUUGAUUACAUUUAUCCUCUUACAGAUAAGCACAAGAGAAAGGGUGCUCAUUAACGGAGGUACAAAAGUUAAAUGUGUUCCUCCUAACAAACAUAAACAAGCUGUUUACAGUUUAAACUGCUGAAUGAGAUGUUUGAGCUAUUUUAAAGCUUAUUUUUUAUUUGUUUUAGUACAAACUAAAUGAAGGUGAAAUACAUGCUAUAGAAAUGCACUGAUUUCUGCAUCAUGUACAGUAUUGAUUAAAAACAAUUCACUUUGUAUUUUGAAUAUUGUCAUGUCUUGAGUUUAAUAAAAUUAAAAUAUACUAUUUAUGAUACAUUUUGUUUUUUGCUUUAUUGGAUAGUGUAUACAAUUGUGUAUGUGCAUUUACUGGGAAAUUUAAAGUGAAAAAUGUUAAAUGUGAAACAAAUGUUGAAUUCAGUUUCCGUUUAAUUAAAAUUAAGAUUUCUGUGGA